GGCAUUAACGCAAUGAGUUGCUAAACACUGGAAAGGACAAAGUAAUGUUUCACCUGUAUAAAGGACAUUUGCUCCUACACUAGCAGAUUAGUGCCACAUGGAUAUGUCUAAUCCACAGAUGGGAUGGAUUUCUUUCAUCAUUUGGUUUCUUUAUAUAUUGGUGUGUGACUGCGUCCCACUGCCGGACAAAGAACCUCCAAUGCACGGAGAGGUCCAGUCUCCCCAGUAUCCCCAGCCGUACCCACCCAACCUGCUGAAGCAGUGGGACCUCAGUGUGCCAGAGGGCUUUCAGAUUCAACUCACUUUCACCCACCUCGACAUUGAAGCUUCUGGAGGCUGCUAUUACGACUCACUUACAGUUCUUUACGAUGAAAAGCUGCUUGGGAAGUUCUGUGGCAAUGAGAACUCAGCUGAUGGGCAUCACCCCGGCCACCAGCCCAUCUUGUCUCCAGGAAACAGACUCACCCUCAUACUCCAAACUGAUGAUAGCAAUCCAGAGCGCCACCAGAAUGUGGGCUUCACUGCUCUGUACCAGGCAAUAGACAUUGAUGAAUGUUCUGCACCAGAACCUGGAGAUGGCUCAGGUCCGGUCUGCUCUCAGAUCUGCCUCAACACCCUUGGCUCAUAUCUCUGCUCCUGCUACCAUGGCUAUGAGCUUCGCUCAGACCAGCGCACCUGCAUGUUAUCCUGCAGUGAUGGCAUAUUUGAUGAGCCAGAAGGACAUCUGUUCAGUCCAGGCUAUCCAAACCCUUUACUUCAUCCUAUGUCCUGUCAGUAUAUAAUUUCUGUAGAAUCUGGCUUUACUGUGUCUCUUAACUUCUCUGACAACUUCCACAUUGAGAGUGUGGACACAGAGGAAGGGCCCAUCUGCCUCUAUCAUUGGUUGCAGAUGAGCAUCCCAGACAAGAAACCCAUUAAGUUUUGCGGUGGAACGAGCCCAGGAGUGAUAGAAACCAACUCAAGCACUGUCAUGUUGGAUUACCAUGUUGAUGGUCAAGGGAUGAGCAACGGCUGGAGCCUGGACUACAACACACACAGAGUGAAGUGCCCAAUGCCUGGAAAAGUACCAAGAGGCAGGGUCACUCCAUCUUUAGAAGAAUAUUUCUACAGAGACCAAAUUUAUGUGCGCUGUGACCAAGGAUACAAGCUGAUGAUGGGGGGUCAGGAAAUCGAGAGGUUUUCUACUAUGUGCCAAAAAAACAGUCAGUGGCACCUCCCUCUGCCGGAAUGCCACAUAAUUGAUUGUGGAGAACCUGAACCUUUGCUAAAUGGAGGAGUGACUUUCCUGUCUGGUUCUCUGAAUCAGUAUCUUUCUGUUGUUCAAUAUCACUGCAAUGAACCAUUUUAUUCUACUCUGGGUGGUCAAAAUGUGAGUUUUACAUGUGAAGCAGACAGAAGGUGGAGAUCCAACAGUAAUGACAUUGUCAGCAUUAUAUGUCUUCCAGUUUGUGGCAAGCCAACAGACCAGAGUUAUUCCUUCCAGAGGAUCAUUGGAGGUCAAGAUGCUGCAGAUAAUUCUAUUCCUUGGCAAGUAAUGCUGAAUGUUGGUGGAGGGAGAGGAGGAGGAAUGGUCAUAGCAGACAAGUGGAUAAUGACCGCAGCUCAUGUAGUAAAACAGGGAGAAUCGCAAGCAACAAACGAAACUUUAAACAUCUACAUGGGACUUACUGAUGUGAAACAACUGUUAAAAGUUCCUAUGCGUGCGGCCUCAAUCCACGUCCACCCUGAAUACAACAACCCUAAUAAUUUGAACUUUGACAAUGACAUAGCCUUGAUCAAACUGCAGGACCGACUCACGUUCAACGCAUCUAUAAUGCCAGUUUGUUUGCCAGCGGAAGAUGCCACAUACACCACAGGCAUGAUGGGGAAGGUUUCAGGCUUUGGCAUUACCAAAUCGGCCAGAGGACAGAUUUUAACAAAUAAGCUGAAGUAUGUGCGGGUGCCAGUGGUGGAUGACGAGACAUGUGGAGAGUCAAUCAAUUCUCUGCAGAAGAAAAAGCUUAACGUACCAUUUCUGACAAAUAACAUGUUCUGUGCUGGAGUCCCUGAUGGUGGGAAAGACUCUUGUCAAGGUGACAGUGGAGGUCCUUUCACCCUGACUGACCCUAACACUGAACAAUUCUGGGCUGCUGGGAUUGUCAGCUGGGGUGUGGACUGUGGAGUGCGGGGGACGUAUGGAGUCUAUACUAAGGUCACCAAUUACAUGGACUGGAUCAACAAGAUCAUUGACGACAACAAUGAUAACAAUUUCAAAAGUAAUGAAUAAAAAAUGUCAAUUUUAUUCUGAGUUAAUAUUUUCCUAACUUAAUUUCUUGAGCAAAUGACCAUCUGAUUGUGAGCUAUUAGUUUUUUGUUUAAUCUUUGUAUAUCUUUGUUCAUACAUUUUGAAUUAAUUGCUUAAAUGCAGACCUAUAGGUCUUUACAUGUAUCUGAUACCAUACAGAUCUCUGGGUGUUGACCAUGCCUGUCUUUCAAAGUCCUGCAUGCAGUCUUACACCAAAAUUAAACUGUUUUCAAUGAG